GGGCAGGGGGUCCCGCCAGCUGUCUACACUGGGGAGCUGCCCAAAGGGGUCACGGCCGGGCCAGUCCCCCGUGCCCGAGAGCAUGGGGACCGGGGAGGAAGGGGGCAGGGCCGCCACCGCCUGCAGAACUCGUGUUUCGGAGCUAGAGAAGCAGUAUGCCCCCAGCCGGUGGUCUCACCGCAUGGAGAAGGAGGCUGUGAUAGAGGCCCAUGUCAGGGAGGUGACUGAAGGCACCAGGAGGGCCCAGGCCACCAUGCAGACCCUGCUGCAUGUCCCUUAUGGGGGCAGUGAUGGGGAGAAACUGGACAUUUACUUACCCACAGAUCCCUCUGGAGCCUUCCCACUCGUCCUGUACAUCCACGGUGGAUACUGGCAGUUUUUAAGUAAGGAGGUGUCGGGCUUUAUAGCGCCCCCUCUGGUGACACAGGGCAUUGCAGUGGCAGUGGUUGGCUAUGAUGUGGCUCCGAAAGGCCACUUGGAUGUGAUGGUGGCGCAGGUCCGGCGCAGCGUGGCCUUCAUUGUGCAGCAGUAUUCAAAGACCAGCGGUGUUUACCUGUGCGGACACUCAGCAGGGGCUCACCUGGCAGCCAUGGUGCUCUCAACUGACUGGGAGGAGUACGGAGUGACACCAGACAUAAAAGGAGCUUUUCUGGUGAGUGGAGUCUAUGACCUCGAACCCAUCACGCACACCUCCGUGAACAACCUGCUCCAUGUGAGCCGGGAGGUCGCCCGGAGGAACAGCCCCGUCCUGUGCGUGACAGCAGCGACGCCUGCCAGGAAGGCCUGUGAGGUGCUGAUCGCUGUGGCCCAACACGACUCGCCAGAGUUCCACAGACAAUCCCAAGAGUAUUUCCAGGCCUUGCGCUCAGCUGGCUGGAGCGUCUCUUUGCUGGACAUUGCUGACACGGAUCACUUUGACGUCAUUGAGAAGUUAUCCCAGGGGGGCUAUAUCCUGACUCAGGUGAUUUUGAACAUGAUUUCAAGAGCUUGAUUUGAAAGUGAUGGGAGCAAAAUGGAGGCUGCAAACCACAGUGCCACUGACAGUCAGUCACUGCCUGGUCCCCACGUGACCCUUCCUGUUCCUGGGGCAAGACUAGCAUCUCCCUUGUGCAGCCCCGUCAGAUGUGCCCCAGCUGCUUGGGACAGACAUUUGCCUUUUCGGCCCCUCCCUGUCUAUCUAGUUCCAGUUCUGUGCAAUCCCUGAUGCUGGCUGGAACAGGGAAGGGCCAGCUCUAGCGGGGCCUAUUAGAAUAUUCUCAGUGGUGCCAGAGGUUUUUGUGCCAGGGUUGCUGGGCACAUCACCCUUGUCACACAGGCUGACACCUGGCUGCAGCGUACUGGCCAGACAGUCCAGUGGGGCUCUCCCUGGCUGUCUGGCUCCACUGUGGG